AGCACAGUCACACAUAAAGCCAUACAGGAGUGAGUCUGGAUGGAAGGAGGCAUUGCAGAGACUCAAGCUAGUACUCACCAAGGGAAGGGCUUGUAUCAAUAAUAGCAGAGCGUGGAGCAUGAUUCCUGCGCAUAUGUAGACUGCACUACGCCCACUUCAAAUACAACUACUCACGCCUGAACGUCGACCUCCCACGGGCAAACUAUCGCUAGCACGGCCUCUUGCUCCGAUAUCUACCAAGCUCCUCGAGACUCUUCUACACAAGAUCGCCUUCCAGCUUGUUCUAGCUUGAGUCUAUGACUACCCUACAGUACUGCAUAGAAUGCGCAAACCUGCUCUACCCCCGGGAAGACAAGGAAAACAGGAGACUUAUCUAUGCGUGUCGCAAUUGCGAGUACUCUGAACAAGCGCCCGAGUCACGUAUCUACAGGAAUGAGUUGCUUUCAAAAGAAGGAGAGACAGCAGGCGUGACGCAAGAUCUCGGAGCAGAUCCAACACUACCUCGGUCAGACAAGGAGUGCCCGCGGUGUCAUGAGACAAAGGCCGUCUUCUUUCAAUCACAACAGCGCAAGGCAGAUACAAAGAUGACACUCUUUUACGUGUGCACUGGGUGUGGUAUCAUUUUCGAAGAUCCAGAAGUGCAGCCUUAG